AUGGGGAACCCCAUGCCUCUCAACAAUGUGACUGAGUUUAUUCUCUUAGGACUAACACAGAAUCCAUACUUGCAGAAAAUACUCUUCUUCGUGUUUCUGUUCAUUUUCCUAUUUACCGUGCUGGCCAAUGUGUUCAUUGUCAUCACCAUCUCCCUCAGUCCUGCACUUUCUGCUCCCAUGUACUUUUUUCUUACUUUCUUGUCCUUUGUGGAUGCUUUCUACACCUGUGUCACAACCCCCAAAAUGAUCAUUGACCUGAUAUUUCAGAGAAGAAGCAUCUCCUUGGGUAGCUGUUUGACUCAGCUCUUUGUGGAACACUUCUUGGGAGGCUCAGAGAUCAUUCUGCUCAUUGUCAUGGCCUAUGACCGCUAUGUGGCCAUCUGCAAGCCCCUGCAUUACACCACUAUCAUGCGACCAGGACUCUGUCGUUUACUGGUGGUGGUGGCCUGGAUUGGGGGGAUUCUACAUGCCACUGUGCAGAUUCUUUUCAUGAUCAACCUGCCUUUCUGUGGUCCCAAUAUCAUUGACCACUUCAUGUGUGAUCUCUUCCCACUGCUGAAACUUGCCUGCCGUGACACGUAUAUGCUGGGCAUGGUGGUGGCAGCUAACAGUGGAGCUAUGUGCUUGCUUAUUUUCACCAUGCUUCUUAUUUCCUACAUUGUCAUUUUGAAUUCCUUGAAGUCCCAUGGCUCUGAAGGAAGACGAAAAGCCCUCUCCACAUGUAUCUCCCAUUUCACUGUAGUUGUACUCUUUUUUGUGCCUUGCAUCUUCACUUACAUGCGACCUGUGGCCACCUACCCUGUGGACAAGUUGGUAACUGUAUUCUUUGCCAUCCUUACUCCUAUGUUCAAUCCUAUCAUUUACACAGUGAGAAACACUGAAGUGAAAAAUGCCAUGAAAAAUUUAUUUAAAAGAAGAGUAAACUAG